UCCUGCUUCACCGCGCAGACGUGAACACGCGGCUUCCCGCUCUCUUCCAUCGUCGUAGCGGUGAGGAAGUCAAUAGCCCCGCGCCGAACCCGGUCCGGGAGCUUAUAAAUACCUCCUACUCGGAUCAAUCUCUCUCGCAGAGCAACCCAUUCCACCGGCGUCGAUCUCUCCCCCGUCCUCCGUCUCCCUCCCCAAAACCUUGGCGUCCGAGUGAGUCAUUGGUCGAGAAAUAUGAGUGGAGAAAAUGAGGCUGCAUCUGCAGACAAUCACCCAGCUCCACAGCUGAAUGAAAGGAUCCUAUCAUCAUUGUCAAGGAGAUCGGUAGCUGCACAUCCCUGGCAUGAUCUUGAAAUAGGUCCUGGUGCUCCUGCUGUCUUCAAUGUUGUUGUGGAGAUAACGAAAGGAAGUAAAGUCAAAUAUGAACUUGACAAGAAGACAGGGCUGAUUAAGGUUGAUCGUGUCUUGUACUCAUCGGUAGUCUACCCUCAUAACUAUGGUUUCAUUCCUCGCACACUUUGUGAAGACAAUGACCCAAUAGAUGUUUUGGUCCUCAUGCAGGAACCAGUUCUUCCUGGAUGCUUUUUACGAGCCAGGGCCAUUGGACUUAUGCCAAUGAUUGAUCAGGGGGAGAAAGAUGAUAAGAUCAUUGCAGUUUGUGCUGAUGAUCCCGAGUAUCGUCACUUCAAUGACCUUAAUGAGCUGUCUCCCCAUCGACUUGCUGAGAUUCGGCGAUUCUUUGAAGACUACAAGAAGAAUGAGAACAAAGAGGUUGCAGUCAAUGAAUUCUUGCCUGCAAGUACUGCUCGUGAAGCCAUACAACACUCAAUGGAUCUCUAUGCUCAAUAUAUCCUGCAGAGCUUGCGGCGGUAGAAUGGCUGCGCCGGGUUUCAUAACUUCUUCCAAAUAUGGUCAAAAUGGAAGCAUCUGUUUGACUAAGCUUAUGAUUUUGUUGCCUAAAUCAAACUUUGGUCAAAGCAACAGAUGAUCACCUUUGUUGAAUUCAUCGUGUUGAUUAAUCUCAUUUUUCGUUCCAAGUCAGUGUCUUUUGGUCAAGUUUUUCCUUCCCCAUUGAGAUGUUGGGAUGGAUUGAAUCUUUGCAAUAAGAUAUUUGAGCUUUUCCCUUGUU